AUGCUGGCAGACGUGACCGACACCUAUGGCCGUCCUCCAGUGGAGCGCGCAGCGCGAGGGAAAGGCGGCUCCAAGCACAAGAAAAAGAAGCGGCGUACAAAGCUGAGACACGUCGACGAGUCAGAGCAGGAUGCCUGGCUCGAUCGCGCGCGGCAGAGCGUGCACUGCUCGCUUUUCUGCGGCGGCACCAAAUGCCGACAGGAGAGCUGGGAGUCUAUGAGGGAGAAGGAGCAGCGCGCCGCGGCCAUCGAGGGUCUGCAGUCGAACUGGGUCGGCGACGACGUCAUCGCGAGCCAGCGACCGUCGACGUCGCUAUUUCUCAAAUACCCUAUUAUUGCUCAGUUUCAUUCCAAACAUAUCACUGGCGUGCUCAACCUACAGGAGAAGGGUGAGCAUGGCAACUGCGGACCGGAUGGUAUCUACGAGAGCAGCGGCUACAGCUACAACGGUGCCGAAGACCUAAUGCCGCACGGCAUCUCGUACUACGAAUUUCCGUGGCCUGACAUGACGACCCCGCAGCAAGACGUCGUGCUGCGCAGUGUGCAGGUCAUGGACUACCAUAUCAAGCAGAAAGGUAAGGUCCUGGUGCACUGCCACGCCGGGCUUGGUCGCACGGGGCUCAUGAUCGCGUGCUACUACGUGUACAGUCAGCACAUCCCGUCCCACGAAGCGAUCGCGCUGGUGCGCAAGUCGCGUCCUGGUGCCAUUCAGACGCGUCGCCAGGCGCAAUUCAUUGUGGACUUCGAGAAGCAUCUGUGGCGACUCUCACAGGCAUUCCGGGUUGAAAUCUCCGAUGCUUUGAUCGAUCUCAACCUUUUCAUUCAACGGCAGCACCUCGUCCUGCAUGGUGAGCAGGCAGACUUGUAUAAAAGCGUACCGCUCUUUCUUCAUACCAUCUUGUGCCGCCUGCUCAACCUGACGAAGGGCAACACAGAUGCGGCGCGACUGGCAUUGCGGUCUCUUGGCCCAAGCGCAGCCCCGACGGACACGACGCUGUCCGCGUGCCGCCUCGCCAUCAACCGUCGCCGCUUCCGCGUGCAGAGUGUGCGUGAUGUGUCUAUCCUGAGCUUUUUAGUGUGCGACUGGUUCCGCAGCACGUCGUCGCCGGCGCUGACGGAGGAGAAUUGCGACCAGAUCGUGAAGAGCAAGCGGAUGUCCUUCUCGAAACAGGAGGGCCUGCCACUGGAGAUUCGCCGCAUCCUGCCGAAGCCGGCACGCCACACGCUGGGGAUGGUCAUCUCUGCGCUCUACAUCAUUGCAAGGCAGGUGGACAACACCAACCUUACCAACUCCGCCUUCCACUGCAUUGUCGAUGCCUUCAACCACGCCUUCAACCCGAUCAAGGUUCGCCAUAGUCCGCUCGAGCGCGAGCUCAUUCACAAGUUUUUCUUGGACUGGGGUAGGAGUGUGGGGGACAUGUACUUCAACUACGACGCCGUGCCCGCCGCCCACCGCACUAUCAAGCGGAUUGCACUGGCCUCCUCUAUUGUGCUGGAGGCAACGAAGAACACCGAUCCGCCGCGCAAGAGCUUGCCUAGUAUUCGGACCCUCCCAGUGUUAUCGGCUACGUUCGAGGUGCCUAAUAUCCCGGCUAACCGGACAGUGGCCCCUGACUUUCCACUGAGCCCUUCUAGACGAAGUCGCACUUCUCAAGUCCUCAACGCCUACCUCCCCCUGGAGGCGGGCUCGGAAAGCAAGACGCGCCUCUGGCGGCAACCACUCAUCGAAUACCGCCGCGACACGGAUGGUUGGCGUGGCGGCGACGAACAAGAGCGUCCGUUCAGCUUUCCGGACAACGCCACGACAAGGCGCUGA